UGUGGAAGGGGCGAGAGAUUGUAGCUGCAAAUAUCAACGCGAGUCAGGUUGUGCUUGCACUCAACUGGGGGAGGGUGGUAGUGUUGACUCUGAAUGUGGAUGACAAGCGAUUUAUCAAGCUGAGGUGAGUAUGAGCAUCUAGGCGAAGAUCUGAUUGAUUAUUUGUGCAUUACUACAGGGAGCGCAACUUUGUGCACAAUAAUCGCGAUGCGGAGAUUUCAGCAGUUUCGUGUCUUCCGCAGGAUCAAGCCAAGCCCUUCGCGUUAAAUAUUGUGGUCGGAUUCUGGACAUCUAAGCACGUCGAGAUACUCUCACUGAGACCCACAGAUGGGACCAUGCCCACAAUUGCAACGACCCCUAUAUUCUCCUCUGCACCCCGCUCACUGCUGUUGUACAAUUUCAUAUCUGGCGACUCCAAGUUGUCAAAUGUACACCUACUCAUCGGGCUCACGGAUGGUUCUAUUGCGUCAUUUGUGUAUCGAAAUGAUCAACUACUUGACCAGAAACUGGUUUCCAUUGGAAGUCUUCCCGUAACAAUGCGUUCGUGUCGGAUCGGUACGAGACAAGCAGUGCUUGCAUGUGGAAGCCGGACAGCAAUUUUAUUCUGGGAAAAAGAGAGGUUGAUGUAUUCGCCACUUAUACUCAAGGACGUGACAGCUGCAGCGGAAUUGAGUACAAGUGCUUACCCAUCGUCCAUAAUCCUUGCCAACUCCGAUGGCCUGGUCUUCGGGAACGUGAACAACUUCGAUAAAUUGCAUAUUCGCUCUAUACCCCUCGGCCUCAACAAUCCCUUACGCGUUACGCAUAUUCCUGCGCUUAGAGUUUUUGCCGUCGCAUGUCGUUGCAUAACCCCGGCUCGUGUCGGCGAUUUGGAGGAUAUCAGGGGUUCCAUACAAGUCUUUGAUGACAUAUCGUUUAAUAAGCUCGGGCAUUUCAAUCUGGAGCAAGGCGAGGAACCGACGUCACUGCUGUCCUUCACAACGAAUUCCGGAUCGUAUCUGUGUGUAGCAGCGGUGACACUCGAAGAUGAAGAUACCGAAGCCUCCAAGGGACGCGUUUUUGUUCUGGAGAUGACGUCGAACGCAUUGCAGGUAAACAUGUCUGUCGCAACCUCGUAUAACGUCAAGGGAUGCCCCUACGCUUUGACUUCCGUGAAUUCUAUGAUCGCUGCCGCAGUUAAUAGCAUGGUCGUUGUCUUCAAGAUGGACACAGAGAGCGGAAAUAUGAUAAUGGCGAAAAUAGCAACGUGGAACCAUAACUAUCUAGUGACCAGUCUCGCGUCUCGCGGCGAUAUCAUUCUGUUAGGUGACGCAAUCAGCUCGAUCUCAAUGUUGCGGCUCGAGGACAACCGACUGCACUUGAUUGCCAGAGAUUAUGGCGCACUGUGGCCCACCUGUGUCGAGCUCACAAGCAACUCCACCCUGAUUGGUGCAAAUAGCGAAUACAACCUUUAUACCUUCAGUCUCCAGAACUCGGGCACGCGGCAGCUCCUAGAGAGAGACGGAAAUUACUUCCUUGGGGACUUGGUCAACAAGUUCCUGCCUGGCACACUGUCGUCUCAGGAGGUUUCGCUCGAUGCGCCGAUGCAGCCCCAACAGUUAUUCUUUACGUCUGUCGGCCUUAUCGGUGCCAUCAUCGAUCUUGCCGAUGACCUUGCAUUGGACCUCACCGGCCUUCAACGUAACUUGUCCAACUAUAUCCAGAAACAAGAAGGGCCAAAUCACACAAAGUACCGCACGCCAAAGAAUGUCCGCGGUCGCAGUGACGCGGAUGCGUCGUCCUUUGGGUUCCUCGAUGGCGACUUCCUGGAGCGCUUCUUACAGUUUGUGGGAAACCCCCAAGCGCUCAAGCGGAUUAUGGAUGGACAAAGUGAGCCUGAAAAACUCACGAUAUCAGCAGACAGGAUUCAGAAGGUGCUUGAGAGCAUGCAAAGCAUGCAUUGAUCGAACGAGGGAUUAACUGAAGUUGCAAUUUGAUUACUCUAAACCAACUCUCAACUUCAUUAACCGUCGAAUGCGAGUAUCCUGUUAUAGAGAUAAAGAUUAACUACGACUACUGAUCGUUAUAUCAAACGAACGGAUGGUAGUUGGAGAGAGGGUAACCAUAC